CUUUCUUUGAAUGAACCUCACACUGUGAGGCUCACAUUUACCUUUUCAAUUUUGUGCCUUUUCCCUCUGCCUUUAUCUAUCUAUCUUUUUAUUAAAUUAUGGUGCUAUGAUUUCGGAAUUUAUUAUCUUUUGGAAACUUUAACCCUUAAUAAUUUUUCAACCAUGAAGUAUCAUGAUGACAAUGAGAUUAAACAAAGUGGUGAAUUAAAAUUGACUCGAUCACAGCCCCAUGGCUCACAACACUCAUCUGUCAGUACUGGUAACCAAGACACUGGUUAUGAAAAUUCACAAAUUAAUGCUACCAAUGGACUUCCACGUAAAUUUGUUGAUGCUUUGAAAGGUUUAUUUACUCUAUUAGAUGAGAGUAAAAGUGGUUUAAUUAAGCUUUCUGAUUUAGAGGCGCGGUGGAAAACUAUUGAAAAUGAAUCAAGUGUGCCAAAAGGUUUCAUUGAAUGUCUUCAAAACUUUCAAACUGCUCAUGAUUUAAUUGAUUUUGAGAGGUUUUGCCAUGCAAUUGCUGUUUGUAUAUCUCGUGACAAUGUUGGUAAUGGACCAUCAUCACCUAGAACUGCUUCAUCAUCAACUUCAUCAGCCUCAUCAUUAGCCAUAUCAUCGUCAAUAGCUUACUCACAUAACAAUGAACUCAGAGGCGCGGUUUCAUUGGCUGGAAACCCGGGAACAUCAAACUGCGCGGAUUUGAAUCCACCAACAUUUAUUAAUAAUGAGCUUAUCAAGCAAUCAGCGGGAAUUGAAAGGUCUAUAUCAAAUUCUGAAAUACGGAUACGAACCAAUGAGGAGCCAAUUGACUCAGCGUCACAAGAUUUUCGUAGGCCCUUUUCUGUUGAGCGUCUACGUCAAGAAAACCCUGUAGCAUUGGGACCAUUACCUCCAACAGCAUUUACUGAAUCUCACACAGUAACGGCUCCAAUGAAGGCAUCUUGUGAAGAUAUUUGUAAUGAUGAUAUUUUACCAGACCGUCCUACAGAAUUUAAAUCUGACUAUCGUGUUAAAAGCAUGCCACAAUUACAGGAAACUAUUUCUCAACUCAACUGUGAUCAACCUGGUACAACGUCUGACUCAAAUUUACCUAUGGUCAGUUCAACAGCAUUCAGGCAAUACAAUAGCGAAGCAAAAAUUUCUUAUGAUACAAAGAAUCAACGAUUGCCCAUGAGAAACAGAAUUAUAAAUAUCCUCAAAGAGUGGAAAAAUAAUGUCAUCUAUAAAAGUACACCAAACCCUCCACUACCACCAUCGCUCAACUCUGUUUCCCUCGGUCCAGGUACAUCUAUAGCUCCGAGUUUAGCCUCCAAUAUCACAGCAACUCUUGAUAAGAAUACGAAUUCAGCGCAAGUCAAUAGUGGUCCAAUGUCUCUUUCGACUCAGCCUAAACUCAUUCAAGAAGAUGAUGACUGGGGUUUCAGUACAACAAACGGAGGAACAACGAAUGUCUCCGUUCGCAAUCGCCAUGGCAAAAGACGAGAAGCGCGACGUCACACAGUGUCUUCGGGUAUCGAUAUAAACACAAUUAAGCGUUUACAGCAAUAUGAACAAGAAAAAGAAAUUCUCCUACAAGGUCUGGAAAUGAUUGAAAGAGGAAGAGAUUGGUACAUUAAAAGUAUCAAUACCAUACAAAAUAAAAUUCGUUUCAUUGGUCAAACUAUGGUUAAUCAAGGCGAUUAUUCAUUAGACGCUAACCAAGAAAGAAUCAAUUUCCAAGCAGCCCGUAUUUUAACAGUGAAUCAACAUUUAGCUGCUUUAAUGGACAACUCAAGAGGUUUUCCUGUUCAUAUGAAUCUAGCUCUAAGACCUAUUCUUACCAAUCCUCAGGGUCGAGUUCAGUUUGAUAAUCGACCUGAAGCUUUAACCAAUGUAACUGUUCAACGACUUAAAGAACAAAAUCGAUUGCUAACUGAAGAGGUUAGCAUGAAAAGUGAAAAGAUAACCAUUUUAGAACGAGAGAAAUCGGCUCUUAUCCGAGAGCUAUUCCAAAGCCGAUCAAAUCCUACUCAGAAAUCAUCCGACGAUAUUGAGGACAAUACUUUUAUGUAGCUAAUAGACAUCAUGUCAUUUUAUUAAUAAUACAAGCAGUUAAUUAUUGAUCUACUUUCGGAUUGCUGAAUAUUUUCAAUUUCUCAUUCAAUUCCAUACUACGAUAAUACAAUGCAAUGUGCCUUUAUUUUAAAAACUGUGCAAAUAAACUUCUCAUCAAGCAAAAAACGAACCAAACCAUGGACAUUAUCCAGUUUUGCAAAAACUCGAUUUACUUGUAUUCCAAACUUUUUUGACCACCAUUAGGAUUUUGAUUUAUUGAAUAUUUUUGAUACAAACAUAUCUAGUAUAAACGAAUCUCAAGUCUACAUCCAUUCCUUCUGUAACCUAUUAUCUCUAUUGCUUUUUUGUAUCGUUGUUUUUUGUACAUUAAAGUCAUUUACCGCUUUCAA